UUUAUUUUAUUCGGCGCUAUGCUCCGACACGGGCCGAGCCUUCGACUCAGUUUUAACGCGCACGUUUUAUGAAACGACAACUAUGCGUCGAUGUUCGCUCGCCGGCGAUAAUAAUUAUUCAUAUCGGAACCGUCUCUAGCGACCGAAAUAGCGACGCGGUAAACAAAUUCGCGAUUUUAUUGGCAGGCCCUCAUUGUAACGAGGGUUCUUUUUCUGCAAUAUUUACAUUUAAUUUAUUUUUCAUAACCUAUUCGCACGCUCGCCGGUGCUUCGGUUGUCUCCGCGAAUCUUAAUGGUAGUUAAUCAUAGUUUAUUUUUACCGCGCAACGUGUGUUAAUAAGUGGGGCCACUUGUCGCCGUUUCUUUUAUUUCGCCAUAGUGUUUGAUUAAAACUCGCAAUUGAAUUGCGGAAGCGAUUUCGGCCGUGAAAAUAAUGUUCGCGAAUUUGCAGCGCGCUAUGAAAACAGUUGGCAUGAAGACCCAAUUAUAAAGAUAACAAGAUAUGGUUUUGAUUAACUACUUCGGUAUAUUAUGAUCGAUGUAGGUGGCCUGUUUUGACAGUUUUCGAAUUAAAUGUGUUCGGCGCGCUUUCGGAAGUUUUGACAAUUUGAAUGAACUUUUGGCGGGAAGUCCAAGUGCUAACGAAGAAGUAGGCACGCUGCACAGAAAGUUUGGAAAAGUGUUGAGUACACAUCGGAUACUGGCGAGUGUUUUUUCAACGCGUUUUCGAGGCUAAGCGCUAGUUGUUUGAACAAGUGUGUUUUCUAAUGGAUUUAUUUUGAGAUUGUAUUCAAAACAUCGAAGCUGGUGUGCGUCAGUCUUGUCGAGAGUACUGAGGUGGCGUGCCGCAAGGCAUCGUGUUAGGUCCAAUAUACUUUAAUUGUUUUAUGAAGUGCAGUGAACUGGAUUAGUGUUAUCUGGAUGUGUCUCCAAAGGGAUGAAGACUAUGGUGACAACUUAGAUGAAGCGACACCAAUGGUGCAACUACCUCCAGUGGGUCCGGAGUCGGCACUGAACUCAAACCCGGGUGGCGCCGCGAAGCCGCCGCUCAUCAACUCAUUCGAGCUGGACCGGUGUUUGGACCGGGAGGAGUCCGGCAGGUGGGGCGGCGAGGCGGCGCGGCGACGCCGGCGCAGCUCGCCCCCGCGCCGCGCCUCGCCCCCUCGCGACCAUGAGCCCCUCGCACUUGCACGGGCUUCAGCCCCAACAUCCCCCCAAGGCUCGGCCCAUUCGAGCCCGGCACCGGUGUCUCCUGCCGGGAGCGCUGGCGCUGCAGGCGGGGCUCGCUCGCCACUGCCCCUCGUAGCACCUGAUCUGCUGGCCAUGCAGCUCCUUGACCAGCACACCCAGCUGCAGGCGCUCAUGAAGCAGCGGCUCUUCCACCAGCAUCAUAUGCAGAAACAGCAUAUGACAUCGGAGGCUGCGAAGCGUCAGCUGGAACAAUCGCGGCUGCAGGACCAGAUUAAUCUAAAUUUGCUGUCACAAUCUCACCUGCCGCCACCAGACACGUCGCCAGGUUCUCUUCAGCAGCAACUAGGCGCCCAGCAGCAGCAGCUGGUGCAACAGCUGCAAGCAGUACAGCGUCAGUACCUGAUGCAUGGACCGCUCUCCGUGCCACCCAAUGCUCCUCCAGGCUUAAUGCUGUGGGGCAGUGAGAUGGAGGAGCAUCCUCUAUUCGGCCGCGGCGUCUGCAAGUGGCCCGGCUGUGAUGCUCUCGCAGAAGAUUACCAGGCCUUCCUUAAGCACUUGGAAGCGGCGCAUACCCUGGACGACCGGUCAGCGGCGCAGGCGCGCGUGCAGAUGCAGGUGGUGGCGCAGCUGGAGCUGCAGUUGCGGCGCGAGCGCGACCGCCUCGCCGCCAUGAUGCGCCACCUGCACGCUGCACGGGAUACCACGCACCAUCAGGCUAAGCAUCCACAUGGUGCUGCUUCCGAAGGUGCAUCUCCUGGCCCAGUUCGGCGCCGUGUCUCCGACAAAUCUGGUGUCGCUAUAGCUGGAGGUCUUCCGUAUAUGCUCGAAAGAGCUGGAUUAGAUGUGCAACAAGAGAUCCAACGCAACCGCGAGUUUUACAAAUCGGCUGAUGUGCGGCCGCCAUUUACAUAUGCCUCACUCAUCCGACAGGCUAUCAUAGAAUCUCCAGACAAGCAGCUGACUCUCAACGAGAUAUACAACUGGUUCCAGUCUACCUUCUGCUAUUUUAGGCGCAACGCUGCUACAUGGAAGAACGCUAUCCGGACGAACCUGUCACUGCACAAAUGUUUUGUGCGCUACGAGGACGACUUCGGCUCUUUCUGGAUGGUGGACGACGCGGAAUUUGUGAAGAGACGACACCUGAGUCGAGGCAGGCCGCGGAAGUAUGAGCCGGCCGCCGGGCCCCCGGGCCACAACCCGCCACAGUUCAUGGGAGCUCAGAGCCCUCCAAUGAUGACCAGUCCUCAUGGAUAUAGCGAAGCGUUGAAACGAAACCUGCAGGGAAUGAUGGAAGAUUGCAACCUGUCGUACAUGUCUGGUGAGGAUCACAUGAUGCAGUCUGAAGACUACCCGUCCUCCCAUGAUGAUUACAGUAUGGUCUACAGCCGGCCCCCGAUGCUAAAUGGAUACGGUAGCAGCAGUUCUUCUCAUGAUGUGAAGGCUGAGGACCUGACCAGCGACCCUCAAGAUGUCAAACCCAACAUCUACGCACUCAAGAACGAGAUGCAGGCUUCUGAUUAUUCUAACAAAGACUAUUCAAACUCAAACAAAGAGUCAUCCAGCAACCGUUCGGGCGAAACUAGUCCUUAUGAUGACUACCCGAGGGCCGAGGAUCGGUAUCGGCCUUCCAUGUCUCACAUCAAGGACGAGGCUGAAAACUUGUCCCUCAACGAACAGAGAUCUGACAAAUAAAGUACCCACGACUUCGCAAGCACGCUAGUGCCGCGCGAUCAAGUAUCAAGAUUAUGUGGCUUUUACUCGUACACAGCUUGUGUACGUGUAACCAAAGCGAAAGUGUGUCUGUACACAAGUGUGUAAGUACACACGACGUGAACUAAGUGUAAAUCGUUUACAGUAACACUCCAGUGUUUGGCGUUUAUUAUCACAGUAUAUAAUACUAUAUUAAUUACGGGUGUAGAUCUAUUUCAAGUUAUUAGAAAUGGUGUACUAGAAAGUGUAAUGUGUUCACUGUUGGAAGUUUUUAUAAUAAACAAAAUGGACGAUCUCGAAAUGAGGAAUUGUAAGUUAGAGUUAACCAAAUAUUUUUUUUCUUUAUUUUUUAAUUGACCCGGUUUUAACGGGGUUUUGAAGUAUUAUAGGUUUUACGUUUUUUUUUUAUUAUUUUAGUUUCCCCUUAGGUUUGGUAGCUGAGGUAGUGUAACUUGUUAGAAGUAUGUUUAGCUUGUAAGUGUUAGGAAGUUUUUAGAUGAGACGGAUUGCGCAAAUAAUCAUUGAAUUCAACGAUUAAAUAACCUUAAAAGGUCCAUAUCAAUAUUUAAAUAAAAUAUUUAAUCAUUAUUUGUAAUAUACAAGUAUUAAGAACAAUAAGUAGCAACUAUUGGUAUGAUAAACAUAAGCUUAAUUAUACGCCAAGCGUUUCAGUUGUUUUUUCAAUUUGUGCUCCAGAGAAAUAAAUAAGAUCUCAGAACAUAUACAUUUAUUUGUCAAAAAAUACAGAGACCGAUUUAUUUUUUACAUAUAUUUUUGUGAUUAUUGAUCUGAUGUAAAGUUAUAGUAUGUUUAUUUUGGAAUGGCGGCCAUGAUAUUUUUGGUACCGUUUAUUUUUUCUAUUACUUAAUUGAUUCCAAGGAAUUGUUUCUAGCGUAAGUUUAGGCUGUAAAUAUUUAUCAUGGAUUGUAAAAUAAAUCUUUUUUGAAAAAAUAAAAUUAAAAUAAUGAUAAAUACUUAGACGAGUGUAAACGUUCACUUAACUAUUGCAUAUUAUAAAAUCGUUCAUGUUGUAGAAAAAAAAAACUUAGAAAAAGUAAAAUAAUACUUAGUAGUAAAAAAAUCACUGUAUUCUGAUAAUCGUUUCUUGUUUUGUUUUAAAAAGAAAAACUACUAUUAUUUUCGUGCAUUUUUCGAUUAUUGCAUUUAUACUAUAAAAAUAAUAAUAAGGGCGUUAGUUUAUACAUUUUUCGGUUGGUUUAUACAUUUUUUGGUGACUUUUUCGGUGUAAAUUAUCGAAAAGGGUGAAAAUAACCAUAUCACACAUUAUAUGUAUACUUAUAACGUAGACAACUGUAUAAUGAGUAUGUUAAAUGUAUAUUCGAAUACGCAAUAACUUUGGGAUUAAAAAAUGUAUACAUUGAUAGCUAUGUAGGUGUGUCACUUUUUUAAAUAAUACUAUGUGAAAGUGCAAAUGCUGUCAGUUGGGUUACGGUAAACCGCUUUUCAAUCUUUUCAAUGUAGAAAUAGAAUAAAAUAUUUGAUUGUUAGCUGUUUCCCAUCCGCCUAUAAUGCAGAGUCCCGCCGCCGCCUGUUAUAUUCCAAACCUUAGCUUUACCGUGGCCUAACAGAAUUUUCACAAACACGUAGCCGGUAGAUUAUACAAGUUCUUCGUACUUCAAGUAACUGCCAUAUUGUGAGGCUGUUGGCAAGAUCCUUUACUUAGCUGACUGAUAUUUGUUUUUAAUAGAUGCACAUUGUAUACGUGUGAACAGCCCCGUAACAGUUAAGUACAAUAGUUACGUAUCUCCCGUUGCACGAAACAAGGAUUCUGAUUUUUGGAAUUGAGAAAAUUUUUAUUUUAUAUUAUUGAUUAUUGAUUGAUUGAUUGAUAGAUGAUGACAUUAUUUUUUUUAUUAAUUAUUAUUAUAUUGUUUAGCGAUCGCGUACUUACAUAGUAUGUAUGGUUAAAUAAAGAAAGUUUCGCACUACACCGUUUUCGGAUUUGUUUUUUUUUUUUAAUUAUUUUUGCUAUUUGUAGAGUUGUUUAAGUUCGCAUCGAUGUCUUUGUGAUUUUACGUACGGGGUCGUGGAUUCGAACCGGUGUAGUGCGAUUCGAUUCUUGUUCGCGUUCCGUUUAGUAGAUGGUCGGCAGAAGGAGUGCUUAUGUUCAGUGGACCUGCUGUGCUCGAGCCAACACGAAUACUUAUUGAUCAUUGUAAAUUAUACUUACUUAGUGUUGUAUUAAACGAAAUCAUUACAAUUA